UCAUCUUAGACGUAGACAAAUUUUUAAAAUAAGAUAAUCUUCAUUUUAUCUUUAUCUUUAUCUCGAAAUCAUCUAAAGAGAACAUUCUGGUAUACUGUAAUACUUUGUGAUCUUUAUCUGUAAUGUUUUUCACGAUAUAACCUAUACGCACGUAUGCCGUACGUACACGUAACCUAAGAAAUCUGUCGUGGAACAUCAUAUACUCCGGACGGUGUGAUUAUACGUCAUUACUUCACUGACAGUGAUUUCAACUAUCGUACGUUGUACCUUAACUUAAGGGUGACGUUAAAGGACACGUUAAAAUGUCAGACGUGAGAGACUGGUAUAAAGCCCUGCCAAUAUUUACGAAAUACUGGUUAACUUGUACCCUAGCCCUGACGUUACUCGGCAGAUUUGGAUUUCUGAAUCCGCAUUUGCUGAUAUUGUGGCCCGAUCGAUUUCUGAAUAAUUUCGAAAUCUGGCGAGCGGUGACCAGCGUCUUCUACUAUCCGCUCAACCCGGCCUCGGGCUUUCAUUUCUUGAUCAACUGCUACUUCUUGUACAAUUAUUCGUUGAGGUUAGAGCGCGGGGAAUACGAUGGUAAACCCGCGGAUUAUUGCUUUCUUCUGUUGUUCAAUUGGAUAUGCUGCGUCAUCAUCGGACUUAUCGGUGAUUUUACCUUGCUCAUGGAUCCUCUGGUGCUCAGCGUGUUGUAUGUCUGGUGUCAGUUGAAUAAGGAUGCUAUUGUAAACUUCUGGUUUGGUACACAAUUCAAAGCCAUGUAUCUGCCAUGGGUCUUGUUUGGAUUUAACUUGAUUAUUUCUGGUGGUGGAAUGAUGGAGCUAUUUGGCAUUCUAGUUGGACAUCUGUAUGUCUUCUUGAAAUUUAAGUAUCCUCAGGAACUCGGUGGUCCAGAAUUACUCAACACUCCAAAGAUACUUGAAAGUUACUUUCCCCCUCAAAGAAGCGGGGUUCGAUCGUUUGGAAGUGCACCGAUAUACAGGCCAGCUGGAGAACAAAUUGCUCAAGGAAGAAAUAUAUUUGGGGGACAUAACUGGGGAAGAGGUCAUGUAUUGGGCCAAUAAUUACGAAAUUUUUCUUGUAAAGUUAUUAAAUACACAAGAAAUUUCCUAUUUUAAUAUACAUUCAUUUUGUGAUUUACGGUUAAUAUGCAAGAGCAAUACUGGUUUCUUGAUGUCUGUGUUACUGAUUCUUCCAAAUAUCUCUUUUUGUAAACUAUUACAUAACUUCAAUAAUUAAAAUAUAAAACAUAUGCAUUUUGAAGUAAUUUAAUAAAUAAUAUAUGUGCAUAUUAUUAUCUAUAUAAAUAUAAAAAAUAUAGAAAGAUUUAAAGUUUUAUUAUAAAGUGUGUAAAAAUAUUCACAGCUUUAUAUAUACUUAUAUGUGAAUACAUUAACAGAUGAAUAGGACAAAGUACAAGACCAGAAAUAAUUAUAAAUUGCUUAACUUCUUCACAGCAUAUUAUUAUAUUUUGUUCAGUAAAUAACCGAUCAUCAAUCACACUUGAUAAUGAAUGUUCAUCAGAGUUAAAUCUGUAUAUAUUAUUUUCUGUAUAUUUUCAUAUUUAGUAAUAAAUGGAAAAAUGUGGAAAAAGAAA